CAGGGGAGCUCUGUGCAUUUGUUAGACGUCUUGGCUGCUUGCCCAACUGAGCUCAUUGUAAUCGAGGCAUGAUCGUCGACUCCAGGCAGCCCUCUCCGCCGCCUCGGCUGCCUCACGCCUGGACCCAGCCCAGCUCCCACCGCUGACAUGGAAAGACCCGUGAGUGCCUCCUUCCCCUCUCGCUCUCUCUCUCGCUCUCUUCUCAUCCCACACUCUCUCUGGUAUUAGGUUCCCUCUCUUCCUCUCCUGCUCUGUCGCAGAUUUAGCUGUGGCUACAUGCAGCAUUUAUGUUGUGUCUAUGGCUCUCUCCCUCCCCUGUUUGGAGCUGCUGUAGGUGGCAGGAACGCUGGGUAGAGAGGAAGCCUUGGCAGCUUUCUCUCUGCAGGGCCCCCACCUUCUCCCCUCUGCCUGCCUGCCUGUCUGCCUGCCUGUCCGGGCAUGGCUGGCAGACCCACAACGUCUCUGUGUGUUUUGGGGGUUUUAUGCCACACAAUCACAGAUCUGGCCGGCUGAACCCAGAAGGAAACUAUCCUCCACUUUGAUUUGAGGAGCUGGGCAUUCACUUCAGUCUACGCCACUGGUCUCGCUAAGAUUUGGAGUCGGCAGCGUGUCUCUCCAUUGCGCCUAUUCUUGGUAGUAUGUCCUCAUGGUCUGUUGUGUUUGGACACCCUGACAACUAGAAGCUGUGAGGUAGCUGCUUUCCAGCCUGCUGCACUCUGUGCUCUCUCUGAACCCCCACUGACAUGAUGCCCAAAAGGGAUCAUGAGCGGGACCUGGAGCUGGACAAGAAAAUCGAGGCUCUCCGCCGGAAGAAUGAAGCGCUCAUGAAAAGGAGGUUGAAGAGGACAAGAAAAGGGCAGAAGAGGAAGGAAUGGCGCUGCAAAGCCGCAAGGGCAAAGCUGAUGAUCUUACCAUCACAAUCAGCAAGUCCACAACUGAUAAUCGUGUGGUGGUGACAAAACCACUCAGCUGUGGUUCACCAGUUGGGAAAGAACCGCAGGAGGCUGGACCUGACGGGGAGGGAGAAGCCCCACCGCAGGGUGCUGGCCGAGGCCACAGGAAGCAGCUAAUGGUCACCAUGGCCGGCAAAAAGGGUAAGAGGGUGGUGAGCGAGAGGCCAGAGAAGCGGCCGAGCCCUGUGGACGUCAUGAGCCCAGCAGAUGACGGACAGACGAGGCGUGUGGAGUCGGCGGGGAGGGGGAGGCAGCAACCUCACAUGACCAAGAGAGACGUGGCAGCACAGGAUGAUGUUAAACAAGGGCAGAGGCAUACUGAGGAGCAUCACAUGCUUUCAGAGCAGGACCCUGAGAGCCUGCAGACCUGCACAGAUCUCAACAUCCCCACUUCUAAAGAGGAGCAGGAGGAAUAUCUGCGGUGGAAGAAGGAGCGCGAGCAGAUUGACAGGGAGAGAGUGGCGCGCCACAAGAAUGCCAAGGGCCAGUGGAGACGGGCGUGGGACAUGGACAAAACUGAGAACAUGUUUUCAGGCAAAACCCUCCCAGAUAGAGACUGGGGGCCGUCAAACAGAGGAGGACGAAAUGCUAGAAGAGGACAAUCAAAGGCAGGUGCUGACUCAAGAGGUCAUGAUAAGAGGGGCAAAGACAAGGGAGCAAAAAAUGUGCCAGUGAUGAGCAGCAAAGCAAAAGGCAUAGAUCGUCUGACUGGGAGAGCCAGGAGAUGGCAGGCAAAUGAAGAAGGAGAGGGCCAACAGACUCCUGACACAACACUAGAGGAAUUCCUAGAGGAACUCGACGCCCUCACAGAUACUGAAGUAGAAGAUCAAAAGGAUCAGGAGUCGAGGAUAAAGCUGUCACCUAGCCCGGAUUCACUGAAUACAUCAGAGGUAGAGUCAGCUGAAAUCCUGAGAGAUGACACCCCCACUCAGGAGAAGCCAGAGGCCUCAUCCCCUCGGGGAUCAGAAAAGAAAGUACGCUUCUCAGAGGAACUCAUCCAGGGGGCUCAUACAAGGCAAGCCUCAGGCUCUCAGGACUCUGUCAGCUUAGAAUCAAGAAGUGCAAGCUCUUUAAAAGCAUCCUCUCCUAAGAAACAAAAAGAAAAAGUGCAUGGACCUCAGCAGACUCUUGAAAGUGCCAAGCAGGAUAGUCUUCAGCAUGAGGACGGUUGUCCAACUCCUGUUGCCAAGCAGAAGGACCCUGCAACUGAAUGUACAAAAAAUUACACCACUGUCCCCACAGAUCCCAGCACCCUCUCCCCUGAAAAAGCCUGUGCCUCUUUACAGGAGAGCUGUGUCCAGCCUGUAGAGCUUGCAAAGUGCAACAUCAGCAACACAAACACAGAGGAACUUAUAGACUCUGGUCUGUCCGUCCUGAGCCUGGAGUCAGGAGAAACACACCCAACACACUCCACCAGCAGCGACAAGGCAAGAGAGCAUGGGAAGAUUGUCUGAUUGACAUUUUGGGAUGUAAUUACCAAAACCAAAUCACAGCGACACAGAACCUUGCCUCUUUAUAUUUGGAUGCAUCUUUUUGUUCCAAUAGCUCAUUUAAGAUGCCCUGUUUGUGGCUUACAUACAGCACCAUGGUUUAGUUUUGCUGUGGCAUGUCCCACCUGUGGAAGUUUUCAGAAACCUUAAAGGUAAAAGUAGGAAUGACACGUUUUCCCUGCUGACACAUCGUUACAUCAAAGCACUUUAUGAGUAUAAAAGUGUGUGUACUGACACAUUACUCAGAAUGGUAGUAUGCAACUUGAGUGCAAUAUCAUUGAAUGUUUACAUGUUUGGAAAUUUCAAGUUGGCAAACUGAUCAGUAACACUUUAGUAGUCCUUGAACUGAAAAUUCAGCCACAGUUCAAUUAUUGAAUUGUUGAUUUUGCCUUAGAGGUAUUUUCAACAUGAAAUGAAGUCUGUUAUAUGAGGUUACAUUUGUGACUGAGUGACAGUAGAGUCUGUAUUUCUGGACUCGCAUAAAUGAGUAGAUGUUAUUUAUGAACCGCUUCAAGCAUCAGUCAACAGCCUCUCACAAACCAUCAAUCAAUACAUGAUUGUUUUGCACAUUUGAGACUUUUUGUAUUAUUGGCCAAUGUGGAGGAAAUCAAAAAGUUUUUGAAAUAUUACUACUGAAAAAAUAUGUUUUUGUUAAUAAAAACACUUGAAAGGGCAAUCUAUUGAUUUCAUAAACAGUACGACAGCUUAGUUUACAUGGUAGUAAAGUGUUACUCAAACCACUAAUUGAAACAGCAGCAGGGACGAGACAGUCAAAGUUUUUGCAAAUCUAAUUUCAGAACUAAAAUGUUUUUCAUACAAUUUUGCCUUUUUUAACAACAAGUGUUAAAAGUCCCAGUUUAUGCUAGCCUCCAACCUCUUUCUUUAUUGAGGCUUUUGGCCCCUGUGGGACUAACACACGUUGAAAUAAGUCAUCCAUGUCCAUGAGGGCAAAUGUUUUGUCCACACUCAAAAAUGCUGCAAGUCCUUGUUUGUUCUGUUGUAUUUUGUCCUUUUAAACAAUGAAAGACUAAUAUUUUUGAAAAGCUCCAUCAACUAGAAUUUAGCCAGUUGUUGUGCCUUGCAUAUUGCCUUCUUCAAAUACUGAGGAUGUCUUUUCAUGUCAUUGUAUGAUAACAUGCAGUUGUGUUAAGUGCACUGUGCUAACAGUGCAUCGGCAAUAUUGAUUUUAUUUAUUUGUCUCUCCAUUAAGACAACAGAAUGUUAACUAGAGUGAUUCUGCAAAUCUAAAACUGUUGUAAAACAACGUCCAAGUGCAUUAUAAGUAAGUACUUUAUUUCUGUGACAUGUACUGUUCUGUUUUAUUUAUUGUCAUUUAUUAUUUUAUUUUCAAGAACCAACUGUGAUAAGAAGCCUUAUAAGAACUCCUCAACAAGGUUUUGGUUUUCAUCAAUGCUACAGGAUAUAGUGAAGAGUUAUGUAACCGUCAGUAGAGAACAUUAGAGGACAUUAGAGGAUAUGCUCUGAGCUGCAGGGCCUUGAUGGUAGUUACAUUUAAUACAAAACAUCAGAAAACCAGGGGAAGCACUGUUUGAGAACAGUUAAACCGUUAAGAUUGAUUAUGUGUCUAAUGGGGCCUUAUACUAUAUCAUAUAUGGGAUUUGUAUGGUUGAAAUUUGAAGAUUCACCUCUGAAAUGUUUUAAAUUCCCUGUGGGAUUCACUUUAGUGAACUGAGAUUUACGACCUACUGCCAGGAAGUAUUUGUUCAUUUGUUCUUGUUCAGUAUUCAGCUCUUAGACAUCUGCAUAAUCACAUUGCUUGAAUGUCAGAUUUAAGAGGUGCCUGUUGUUGUUAUGCUACCCCUGGGUGUCUGCUGCUGUCCUCCAUCUUUUUACAUGCACUCAUAAGUAAGGAUUAAUAGUGCGUGUCUGUAUGACUGUGUUUUAAGGUAUGAUCCCAGCUCUUUACAUUCAGACUGAUCAUUCUGAUUUAAAUAUGUUUGCGACAUAGCUUCUUUUACUGUAGAACAUUUUGGAAGGAUGGAUACAGAAUGUCAUUAAAUUUCUCUGUAUUUCAAACCCUUAA